AAAAAUUCAAGACAAAAGAUGGACGACCGACCUUUGCGGGUGUUGACCGUGGCCACGUCCCCUUACUGCGACCAGAGGCCCGGUCCGGACGGUCUGAGAAGAAAGGUCCGUGUCUUCCAGUCCAGGAGGAACUAUCUGCACAACUUCAUCCAGAGUAUCUUCUCGUCCGUCGACCUGCGUGACCGGCAGGGUUCCACCGUGGUGGUGGGGGGAGACGGACGCUUCUUCAACCAAACGGCCAUCGAGGUCAUCGUGCAGAUGGCGGCCGCCAACGGGGUGGGCCGCGUCGUCGUUGGCCAUCGCGGGCUAAUGUCCGCGCCGGCCUGCUCCUGCGUGAUCAGGAAAUUCAAAGCCGUCGGCGGCAUCGUCCUCGCUGCCGCCCACGAGCCGGCAGGACCCGACGGAGACCUCGGCAUCAAGUUCAACACCGCAAAUGGAGGACCGGCCGCCGAUGCUGUCACGGACAAAAUCUACCAGAUCAGCAGAACCAUUGAAGAGUUUGCCAUCUGCCCUGGACUCAGACUGGAUCUGACAACUCUGGGCAAGCAGACCUUCGAUCUGGAGAACAAGUUCAAACCUUUCACAGUGGACAUUGUGGACGGGGUGGAGUCCUACGCCAACUUGAUGAGGAACAUCUUUGACUUUGCUGCCCUGAAGGAGCUCCUGUCCGGCGAGAACCGCAUCACGGUACGACUGGACGCCAUGCACGGAGUGCUCGGCCCAUGCGUGAAGCGAAUACUGUGCGACGAGUUGGGCUGUCCCGCCAAUUCCGCCGUUAAUUGUCUUCCAACGGAGGACUUUGGAGGUCGACAUCGCGACCCCGACCCCAUCUACGCCGCAGACCCGCUCGACAGCAUGAGGGACGGCGACUACGACUUUGGUGCAGCGUUGGAUGGGGACGGGGAUCAGAACGUGAUCCUCGGGAAGCACGGCGUGUCGGUCACCCCGUCUGACUCCGUGGCCGUGAUCGCCGACAACAUCUUCUGCAUCCCGUACUUUCGGCACAGAGGGGUGAGGGGCUUCGCCCGCAGCAUGCCCACAAGUGCGGCCCUGGACAGAGUAGCCAAGGCAACAAAAAUCGAGCUGCACGAAACUCCCGCUGGAUGGAAGUUCUUUGGAAAGUUAAUGGACGCGGGACGACUGUCGUUAUGCGGAGAUGAAAGCUUCGGAACAAGUGGGGAGCACAUUCGCGAGAAGGACGCGCUUUGGGCUGCACUGGCGUGGCUCUCCAUCCUGGCCACCACGGGGCAAAGCGUGCAGGACCUGCUCCAGAACCACUGGCUGAAAUAUGGGAGAAACUACUUCAGCAGAUAUGACUACGAGAACAUCGACAUCGACACAGCCUGCGAAAUGAUGGAGGAGCUGGAGAUCACGAUCGCACAAAAGUCCUUCGUCAGGCAACGAUUUGCAGUGGACGACAAAAUCUACCAAGUGGAAAAAGCCGACAAUUUUGAAUACACCGACCCAGUGGACGGCAGCAUCGCCCGGAACCAGGGCCUGCGGAUAAUCUUCUCAGGCGGAUCUCGAAUCGUCUUCAGACUCAACGGCUCGAGCGGCGCCGGGGCCACGGUUCGGAUCUACCUGGAAACCUUUGAGAAGGAGGACAUUUUUCAAGAAACUCAGGUGGUGCUGGCACCGCUAGCUACCAUCGCCCUGAAGAUUUCGCAGCUUCAUCGCAGGACGGGUCGAACCGGACCCUCAGUCAUCACCUGA